AGGAAACCACUGAGAGAGGAAGGAAAUGAAGAUCACGUCACGAAGAGCAAAAUCGGAGUAAAAAAAACGAGCGAGUGCUAUUUGACGCUCCUUGGCUUGACGCGAGCGUGAACCGGAGUGGAGCUUAUCUAUAACCAACAUGUUGACGUGGACUUGUUCGGCGUGAAAAAGGGGGAAAAACCGCUACGCAACAGCUGUAGAUUUUUUUUGCUCUCUUUUUUUCUUGUGUGGAAAUGUGUGAAGACCUCCUCCUCUUCCUCCUCCGUGUGCCUGCCCACUGACGCCUCUUCGUGUGCAUCUUUCUCUGCAUAUUUCCUUUUUUUAGGACAUAUAUAAAGCAACGCGAGAGAAAAUAGUUCUUGUUAAAACAGCGGGAUAUCUAUAUAUAUUUAAAUUGAUUCAUUAAAGGGAGUUGGCUUUUUCCACGACAAUCAGAGGAGCAUCGGUGGAAUUAACAGGCCGCAUCGAGACCAAAUUCCAAAAUGAGUGAGCUGGAGCAGCUUCGCCAGGAGGCCGAGCAGCUGAGGAACCAGAUACGAGAUGCCAGGAAAGCAUGUGGAGAUUCCACCUUGACACAGAUAACUGCUGGUCUGGAUCCAGUGGGGCGGAUACAGAUGCGAACAAGACGCACCCUUCGAGGCCACCUUGCUAAGAUCUAUGCCAUGCAUUGGGGGUCAGACUCAAGGCUUCUUGUUAGCGCCUCUCAAGAUGGCAAACUGAUCGUGUGGGACAGCUACACCACUAACAAGAUCCACGCCAUCCCGCUGCGCUCCUCCUGGGUGAUGACCUGCGCGUACGCCCCGUCCGGGAACUACGUGGCAUGUGGAGGCCUUGAUAACAUCUGCUCCAUCUACUGCCUGAAAACACGUGAGGGGAACGUCCGCAUCAGCCGGGAACUACCUGGGCAUACAGGUUACCUGUCAUGUUGCCGUUUCAUCGACGACAAUCAAAUCAUCACGAGUUCAGGAGACACCACCUGCGCAUUGUGGGACAUCGAGACGAGCCAGCAGACCACGGUGUUCUCGGGCCACACGGGCGACGUCAUGAGUCUGUCUCUGGCGCCCGACCUGCGCACCUUUGUGUCGGGGGCGUGCGACGCCUCGGUCAAACUGUGGGACAUCAGGGACAGCAUGUGUCGACAGACCUUCACGGGACACGAGUCGGAUAUUAACGCUAUCUGUUUCUUCCCCAACGGCAGCGCUUUUGCCACGGGCUCCGACGACGCCACCUGCAGGCUGUUUGACCUGCGUGCCGACCAGGAACUCAGUCUCUAUUGCCAUGACAACAUCAUCUGCGGAAUCACCUCAGUGGCUUUCUCCCGCUCUGGCCGCCUGCUGCUGGCUGGCUACGAUGACUUUAACUGCAACAUCUGGGACGCCAUGAAGGGAGACAGAGCAGGAGUCUUGGCCGGCCAUGACAAUCGUGUGAGCUGUCUGGGUGUGACUGAUGAUGGCAUGGCUGUGUCCACCGGGUCCUGGGACAGCUUCCUUAAGAUCUGGAACUAAAGGAAGACACACACACGCACACACUUCCUGGAACACAAGUGUUCGCACUGUAUGUAAGGUCCAACAAAGUGCAACAAGUGUAGGCUACAUAAGACAUAGUAUGAAGACUUAGUCACACACACACACACACACACACACACACACGUGCUACCUUCAGCUGACUCAAGUGCAAAAACUGCAGCUGCGAGGUUACACAAACACACACGCACAACACAGUGUAUGAUAAUUUAAAAAGAGUUAAAAAAACAACAAAAAAAACAACACAAUGUGACCAAAUUUAAAUCUCCAGCUUUCUUAUAUUAAAAGGAAAAACACACAACUAUGACCUGAAGCCUUUUAAAAUGUUACACCCCCCCCACCCCGCCCCUGAGAGACACAGCUCAGAAGACGUCAAAAGGACAAUUCUGUCUUUGUUUACAAUGAAGUCCAAAAUGCACUUAAGACGAAUACUACUCUACUGUGUACUUUUGUCUCAGUGCCACUUGUGUUGCUUUUCGGGAGAAUGUGGAAAAGAAUCAGUGAUAUUGUGAGAAAAGAAAAAAAAAAAAAAGUCAGAAAAGUGGUUCCAAAAAAAGUGUCUUCAAAUUAAAACAUGUUUUUGUUUUUUAUAGCUAUACCCCAUAUUCAGUGCUUCCUUUUUUUUUUUUUUUAGUUCUUUUUACACUUAAUUUGUCCAUGUUCUUCCCUUGUGCCUCAGAUACACUUAAAGGAUUAUAACUAGAAAAUAUUGAUAAGGGGAAAAGUAACUUGAGAACAUGGCUAAAAAGUAAAAGCAUUGAGAUGAGUCUGAAUGGAGCAGGAGCCAGUAUUCAAACUUUAAUCUGAAUAUCACGAUGGUAAAAUUGUACAUAAUAUUAAUAAAUAUCCUCUUCUGCCA